AAGGUUUGGGGAUGAACGGCUACGCUUCUCUGGGUGAGUCAUCAUCAUAGCUGGUAGGCGCCAGUAUUUAUCCUGUUAAGCUUAAUGAAUGUCGAUCAUAUUUCAUCGUCUUUGUACUCGUCGUAGUAGAUAAAAAAUAAUCUCCAUACUUGCAUCAUUCAUCAUUUAGAAUUCAUCUAAUUCUAAAAAUGCAACCUCCUCCUGGGUUAUUGUUUCGUCCCGGACCACCUUUGCCGCCCAUUGGAAGGGAAGAUACUGUUUUCUUCGAUUUUGAUGGCGUCCUGCAUCUCAGUGUGGACGAGCGCGGAAGCCAUGUGUUGAAGGCCCGGGAUAUGCGCUCGGGGAAACAGAAAGAGUGCCCAGAUAUCAUGGAAUUUGUUAAGGAAUUUGUGUUGGCACGAGAAACGACCAGAAAUUCAUCUACUACAUGCGUUCGAUCUACCGCGACUUCUUCUUCUGCUUCUUCUAGUAGUUUGCAAAAUAGCAUCGACUCUAGUCCUCCUGGUGAAGAGGAUAUAAUUAAUAGCAUCGACCGCUCUACAACAAGAACUACGAGAAUCAUCGAAGUAUUAACGGCGAAUAAAGAAGAGAACGUCCGAGGUUUUAUGGAGCGUUAUUUUGGUAGUACAAAAGGCGUGUCGACGUUCCGCAUCACCCGGGGUGGCUGCGCGAAUCUACCUGCGUCAAAAUUCGCGGCCGUCAAACUACGUGGCUUGUCGGUGCGAAAAUUUGAAGUGAUUCAAAAACGUCUCGCGGAACAGCUGUCCAUGGGAGGAGAAGAUUUUACUUCUUCACAUGUUGAGCAAGAUAUUUUUGGUGUUGCGAAGAAUGGAUGCCAACGACCACCACGAGUCUUCAUGUUCGAUGAUAAGCUUCAGGUUUUAAGGCAAAUUCACACGAAAUUGUUGCCAGAAGAGCGAGCUCGCACGGUUUUGAUCUGGGUUCCAAAUCCUUCGCUAUAUAAAAAUGCUGCAUGUGGAGAAAAUGAAGUAGAUUACAUUGUUAAAAAGCCGGCUUUCGUGGAUAUAGUAUGCUACCGGCGAUCAUUGUUGAAGAACGAGCGGCGAGCAGAAGGUGAUGAAGAAGAUGCCUCGAGAGGAGGUGGCAGUCGUGCUGGGGAUCGUUAUAACAAUAGAAAAAGGUGGGAUGAUAGUAGAAAAAGGGAUGCAGACUCCUGCUCGAAAAAUGCAAGUACAUCCUACAAAGAGGAAGAGAAUGAUGAGAAUGAACCCGAAGCUCCACCAAAGUCAAAGAGGACGAAAGUCAAAGUAAAGUGAAUAAGAUUGUAUUUUUUGAAAGAAAGCUGCAUUACGAUGACCAACAACAU